GUUCCCGUCGGCGCCGAGCAUGUUCGCUGGGCCGCCGGCUUCCCGAGGGGUCCUGCUGCUGCCGCCGCUCCUGCCGCUGCCGCAGGUGGCGCUGAGCUUCGCGGAAGGCAGCUGCGACCCCUCGGACCAGUGCCCGCCCCAGGCCCGCUGGAGCAGCCUGUGGCACGUGGGGCUCAUCCUGCUCACUGUCCUUCUGCUGCUGCUGUGCGGGGUCACGGCCAGCUGCAUCCGGUUCUGCUGUCUCCGGAAGCGGGCGCACACCCAGCCACACCUGCCACCAGCCCCUCAGCCUUGCGACCUGAUGGCCAUCCGCUUGGACAGUGACAGCCCUGUGCACAGCACUGUGACUUCCUACAGCUCCGUGCAGUACCCGCUGAGCACACGGCUGCCCCUGCCCUUUGGGGAGUCGGACCUCGACUUCUUGACCCCUCCCGCCUACAGCCCGCACGCCCCCGACCUGCCACCCUCCUACGAUGAGGCCAUCAGGAUGGCCAAGACCAGACAGGAAGAGCCAGCCCCUUCCCUGGGGCCUCAUGCCUAGAGACUCCUGCAGGCCCCAGGAACUGGACCACGGUGCCCAGCAACCCUGGCUGUAGCCCUGGUGCCCCCCGGAGGGGGCGGGAAGGCCCCCUGAGCCUCCCCCUGCCACCAGCCUCUGCGCUCACAGGGGACUGUGCCAGGGCUCUUGGAGCUGGGGACCCCCAACCCACCCCCACCAUCUCCCCAGGAAGGCCACCGUCCAGCACAGUGCUGCAGCCCUGGCCUCGUUGCUGUGUGACGCUGGGCAGCCGAGCCAGCCAGCCCUGUGUUGGCCACAUGCGCGUGCGCGCAGGCUGCUACACUCAGCCCUGGCCCCCGGCCCAGCCUCAGCCCAGAGAAGGCCCCACAGGGCUCAGGGUCUGCUGUGACGUCCACUGCUUUUUGGGGAGAGAAUAAAGUUGGUACCUAA